AUGCCUUCCGAUUGCAUCUCCCCGCUCAUAUUUGGUGAAAAUCUAUCACUAGGCGCAGCUUCCCUCAAGGCAGCCAACGAAUUCUCUACGAAUGUACUGGUCAUUGGUGGUGGAGUCACCGGGCUUGUAACAGCAUGGGUUCUUCUUGAUAGAGGAUAUCAUGUCACGAUAGUUGCGAAAGAAUGGGCAACGUGGACACAAGCACAUCGUCUCACUUCUCAGAUUGCAGGAGAGCUAUGGGAAUACCCUCCGGCUGUCUGUGGUCAGCACACAGAUGCUAUCUCGCUUGCCAAUUCGAAGAGAUGGUGCAUGAUAUCGUAUAAGAUCUGGGACACCAUUGCUUCAGAUUCCCAAAUGGCUGUGAUCUCAGGAGUGAAAAUGAGGCCAUCACACUUUUUCUUCCCUUGCGCCAUCGAAGACGAUCUCGCACAUGGAGUACGGGGAUUUAUGCGUGACCGUCGCCUUCACCGAGUGCCGGGGAUUAAUCGCCAGUAUGGCGUCGUCGAUGCGUAUGAGCAUCUUGCACCCAUGAUUGAUACGGAUCGUGCCAUGGGAUGGCUUAUGGGGCUUGUUCAAGCCAAAGGUGCCCGUUUCGUCACUGAAGAAAUUCACGGCGAACUUUAUGUUCAGGAGGAUGAACUUCUCACACGCUUCAAGGCCGAUGCAAUUGUCAACGCUACUGGCUUAGCAGGCUUUACAACGGCGGGUGACGAAUCAUGUUAUCCAAUCCGCGGGGCUCUGAUCCGUGUUAUUAACGAUAACACCAACUUCCCAAAGAUAAAUCAAGCAAUGACAAUCACCGCCGAUGCGGUUCAUAGUGCCGAUGAAAUUGUGUUUAUCGUCCCGCGAAACGAUAACAUUCUAUUGCUUGGUGGUAUCGCGGAACCACACCAACAGUGUCUUGAUUAUACCCUUGAAACUCCAAUCGUCAAACGUAUGCGACAACGAUGUGAGGACUUCUUUCCACAACUUAAGAACGCGCAGACAGAUCCCGAUUAUCCUCUAGCGCAAGGGCUACGCCCCUUCCGAGGUACAAACGUCCGCGUCGAGCGAGAGCUCAGACCAAUUCCAAGCCGAAUUGUGCAUUCAUAUGGACAAGGUGGUGCAGGCUGGAGCUUGGCUUUCGGUUGUGCAGCUGAUGUUGCGGAUUUAGUAGCAGAGGCUGUGCAAAAUCUACCUGCGAUACCGAUGGCUAUGCCCGAGAAUCCUGCAAAAGAAGUACCGAGAGAGGUUAAAGCAAGGCUAUAA